UCUUUCCUUUCCUCUUUUCCCGCUCUUUCAGCUGCGUGUCAUCAUUCUCCUCGUCUUUUCAGGACUAUAAUUCAUCAACAGCCUCGUCCUCGACUGUCCUCACCUGUCCCAUAAUCGACAAAGAAUUUUUUUCCCGCUAAAAUGUUCAUAACAGGAGAACCAAAAGUCAGAGACCUGACCAUCCACGUCGAUACAGGAAGCGCCAUCGGACCCAAGGGCCUUCCACUUGUGUACGGACAUCAAGAUACCCACACCAUACUUCAUGUGACAGUGAAGUUCGAGAGUAGCCAUGACUGUAAAGCCAAGGCCGUCGAAAUUUUUUUCAGAGCUGCAGUGAAGACGUUUUACUUUGCACAGGACGAAGCGUCAAGGAAACACCAGGGAGAACAGGUUUUUUAUUCAAAGCAAUGGGAUUUAGACGUCGAACGACCAAAGGCAGGCUGGAUUGCAAAGGGAACCUAUGCUAGGCAAUGCUCUGUCCUUCUCGACCCGUCACUGCCUUCCUCUAGCGUGAGUCCUUUUGGUUCGAUGCGAUACAUCUUCGAGGCACGUCUGAAGGGUGCCAAGGGCAUUGGAAUUGCGCGGACGGACUGGGUCGUGACACAGGAGGUUUGGGUCUUGAACUCUUCGCUACCGUUUCUGAGCACCAGCCUCAUCGACAACCCUAUCGUGGUCCAAGAUCAAUGGAAGGACUCACUGCCAUAUUCUCUAUCAAUCCCUUCAGACACUCUACAUUUCGGGCAGGUGGUGCCUAUCACCAUUCAACUGGAGCCUUUCAGGUCAGGAUGUGCCUUUGAAGGGGAUGAGGCCGUGGUGACCAGCGCCAGCUUUACAUUACGGGAGAAAAAGACCUUCCGAGCCAUGUUUGUCAGAGACACAUACGAGACAUCAGAGAAGCUGCUGCAUAUUGCUGUUAACACCGGGUGGCCUCAGAGCAUCGACGGAUGGCAGAGAACAAUCCAUGUCUCCAUGCCCUUAUCCCCAGCAAUGUCGGCGGAUAUGCAGACAAAGUACUUGGAUGUUGCGCACACAUUGAUCGUCUUGGUCGAGUUUAAAUCAAGCCGGAUGGUCAAGGCAGAGAAGCUGAGGGCACAGGUCGAUGUUCAAAUCACAGCACCUCGGCCCCUGUCCACAUCCUUGCCUCCACAAUACGGAGAUGCAGUCCCGGUAGAAUCGUUGCUGCUAGUGGAGCCUGCUCCAGCAUUUGAUGCUGAUGAACCCCUUCCAGGGUACUCUCGUUACGAGUAGUUCUCACACGUAGGAAUAUAUUAUUACAAAUCUAUGCCAUCAACCACCAUUGUUUAUUAGGCCAAUUUGAGUGUAGCCUCACGGAUGUUUGUGCCCCUUGACAUCAACAUGUUCAUCCGCCGUGUUCAUCAUCUCUCAUCUUGCCACUCUGGCAUAUAUGUAAAAUAUAUCUUCGCUCAUUCUGUAGCAGUCUCCUGUUUGCAUAACCGUCAAAGGAAAGGAAAAGAAAU